AGCACACGCGACCUCGCGCGGUUCACGCGAACCUGUGUGCUCGUUGUCUCCUCGCGAGCCACCCUUCUGCCUGCGUCUUGCCGCUUCAUUCCCCGUCUCCUCCCCCUUCCCCCCCCCUCCGUCCUUACCUCCAGCGGGAAUCUGAGUGACGCGCGAACGGACCGCGUCCGCGUCUACUGACGACGACCGACCAAUGUGCGUGAUCGAUGAUGACGUCCGGUUGGAAAGCCUCGUGGGUCCGGUCGAGUUACGCCGGCCGAGGACAAGUUGUUAACUAACUUCUGGAUUAGCAGUUCUCUCCGUAGAUUGUGGUUCCGCGCGGCGCGGCGCGGCGCGGCGAGGGGGGAGGGAAACCUGGUUAUCCUUGGAAUAUGGCUAACUAGCGUUUUACCGCUACGAUUGCUGGGUCGUAACAUCCCCCCGAGUGAGUUCUCGCAGCGUGUACGCGAGGCGGAUACAAAAGGGGCGUCGAGAGGGGAGAGAGAGGAGCGGUCCAGCGACCAGCAUUCGACGCUUGUCGGCUAUUAAACGGCAAGAUCAUGUAGGUGGGAAACGCGAUGCAGUUGAAAAAAAAGAAAUGCCGAGAACGAUGCAUUCCAAUCUGACGACAAAGAGAUCCACGUGGAAUCGUGAAUACAUUCUGCUGGAAAAUUUGACAAUUUGACUGCUCCGUUUUACAACAAUAUAGACAAUCGAGUUUAUUUCUACCGGAUUAAUCAUCUACACAAAUAAUCUUCUGACAACCUUACUCGGACGACGUUGGAUUAUCGCGGAAAAAGUUUUGGCCUCUUAAUUUCCCUCUUAAUUUACUGCGGUAACAUCCGUCAGUGUUUCCCGGAAUAAUUUACCGAGAAAAUGGACGAGGAUGAAACCGAGGAACUGCGUGAGGCGGUUUCGCUGGUGAAUCGAUUCUCUACGAAAGUUACUACAUCGAAAGUUACCUCCAAGUUCAGUCAGCAUAUUCUGCGGGCGCAGGAGUCGGCGGAGGAUUCCGACACGAUGGAAUGCGUGUCCGAGAACGAAGUGGAGAACCUGCCGAAGGACGAGGACGCGCCGAGCAAGACGCGCAGGAAGGUAUACGAGAGAUAUCCAUACUCCUUGGACAUUCCGGACGACGCCGAACGUCGAAAAACGACGGUGUCCUCCCUUCGUGUGAGCGACAGCUCGCGACUGGGUCUCUUCAUGGUUACAAAUCGCAGCUCGCAGUCCAGCUCCAGCCAGGAGGAGUACGAGCCCGAGGUGAAGAGCAUUUCGAGACUGCAGAUGCAGCAGCAACGCCAGCAGCAGCAGCAGCAGCAGCAGCAGCAGCAGCAGCAACAACAACAACAACAACACCUGUUGACGACCGGCGGCGUCAGCAGCCAAGUGACCGCCAGAUCGAUGGAGAGCCUGCGAUCGUCGAGGAACUUCCUCAGCGCCGACGAUCGUUACAGCGAGGACUGCAAGUCGAUGGAGUCGCUGUCCUCGUCCUCGGAGACGCACUUGGGCUCCUCCAGAAGUCAUUACAGGAGCUUCCUGACGUCGUCGGCGAGGGACGUGCGCAGGAUCGUGACGGUCGAGUCGAAGAGCAGCGAGAAUCUACACCGGGAGGAGAGCCUGAAUGCCGAGGUCAGGCGCGGUUUAUUCGCUAAUACCGGCCUGGAGAGGAAGAUACCGCAGCACCUGAGCCUGCCGCCGCCGACCAGCGUAUUCUCUUUGACCAGUCCUGGUGGUAGCGAUCGCAGGAUCACGAUCCUGAGCCCGCACUCGCCCCUGCAGACGUCGGAGUUCCAAUUCUCCGCGCAGACGCUCAAGAACAGACGUAAGAAGGCCAUCGUAUUGCCGAGGUUGGUGUUGCCCCGAAGCGAAUCCGAGGUCUUUCUAGACUUCGAUGUGGAAAAUGGCGCCUCGACGUUGGACGGCGGCGCCGGCGGUGGCGGCGGCGCCUCACCGAGCGCGGGCCUCGUUUUACAGACGUUGCCCCAGAGAAGGGAGAGCUUCCUGUACCGAAGUGACAGCGACUUCGAGAUGUCGCCGAAGUCGAUGUCUCGAAACAGCUCCAUCGCGAGCGAGAGGUUCAAAGAGACAGAGCUUCCUGUCGAGCGAGCGAUAUUUACCGAUCAGUACAGCCAUGGCGAGGACCUCAUCGUUACACCCUUCGCACAGAUUCUUGCUUCUCUGCGCUCGGUCAGGAAUAAUUUCUUGUCGCUCACGAAUGUACCGACGAACAAAUCACGAAGGAGUAGUGGCCAACAGGGCAGUAGUACGCCACAGCCACGGAUUUUGGCGCCAGGAGAGGAGCCCUUCAUGAAGUUGGCUGUAGAAACGAUAGAGGAGUUAGACUGGUGCUUAGACCAGUUGGAGACUAUUCAGACGCAUCGAUCCGUGUCGGACAUGGCAUCCCUGAAGUUCAAGAGAAUGUUAAACAAGGAGCUGUCGCAUUUCUCGGAAUCGUCCAAGUCUGGGAAUCAGAUCUCGGAAUAUAUCUGCAGCACUUUCCUCGACAAGCAGCAGGAGCUGGAUUUGCCGUCUUUGCGAAUCGAGGAUGCGGUCGCCGCGGCGGGUAGCAUGGACGCGCGGGCGGCGAAGAAGAAGGACCGGGUACAAAGGGGCCCCGCCGCCAUGUCACACAUCAGCGGCGUGAAACGGCCGUUGACACACACUAACAGCUUCACCGGGGAACGCGUGCCGCUCCACGGGGUGGAAACGCCGCACGAGGAGGAGCUCGGCAAGUUGCUCUCGGACAUCGAUAAGUGGGGUAUCGACAUCUUCAGGAUAGGCGAGCUUAGUAACAAUCGGCCCCUCACCUGCGUGGCGUACACGGCCUUCCAGAGUCGAGAUCUGCUCAAAUCGCUGGCGAUACCGCCCAAGACCUUUGUUACCUUCAUGAUGACCCUAGAGGAUCAUUAUGUGAAGGAUAAUCCCUUCCACAAUAGCCUCCACGCAGCCGAUGUGACCCAAUCUACUCACACACUGCUCAACACGCCCGCACUCGAGUCCGUGUUCACACCGUUGGAGAUCACCGCUGCAUUAUUCGCGGCUUCCAUCCAUGAUGUAGAUCAUCCCGGACUUACCAAUCAGUUCCUCAUUAAUUCAAGCUCCGAGCUCGCGCUGAUGUACAAUGACGAGUCGGUGUUAGAGAAUCAUCACUUGGCAGUCGCGUUCAAGCUUCUGCAAAACGAGGGCUGCGACAUAUUCGUGAAUAUGACGAAGAAGCAGCGCCAGACGCUGCGAAAGAUGGUGAUCGACAUGGUCCUUUCGACGGACAUGUCGAAGCACAUGUCGCUACUGGCUGAUCUGAAGACCAUGGUGGAGACGAAGAAGGUCGCCGGUUCCGGUGUGCUGUUGCUCGACAAUUACACCGAUCGCAUCCAGGUACUGGAAAACCUGGUGCACUGCGCCGAUCUGUCCAACCCGACGAAACCGUUGCCUCUUUACCGACGAUGGGUAGGCUUGCUGAUGGAGGAGUUCUUCCUGCAAGGCGAUCGCGAGCGGGAACAAAAUAUGGACAUCAGUCCGAUGUGCGAUCGGCACAACGCCACCGUCGAGAAGACGCAGGUCGGCUUCAUCGACUUUAUCGUGCAUCCGCUCUGGGAGACUUGGGCAGAUCUGGUACAUCCGGACGCACAAGAAAUUCUGGAUACCCUCGAGGAGAAUCGCAGCUGGUAUCAGUCGAUGAUACCACCGUCACCGCCGUCCGAUGACCAGCAACAAUCAGCGGCAAACGAGAAUCAGCAACAGCAAGAUAGGAUACAUUUCCAAGUGACAUUGGAGGAGGGCGAUGAAACCGGCGAGGCGGUAGAGGGUGGCGAUUCUGGCGGCGGCAACGGCGGCGGUGGCGGCGAGUUCUCCAGCGAGGACCCGGGCGGUGAGACGGAGGAGAACGCCACGGAGGCUGGGAUGUGACGGAGGCUCGCCGGUAUUUGUAGGAAGCUCCAUGAGAAGGUACAACAGAGUUGGUGGCGAGUGCGUCAGUGACACUCGCACCUAGCCGCGCCUAGUCGCCGGUCCUUUUGUAUCGAUCUAUACCAUGUCGGCUGGACCACGAGGGAGGACGAUUGAGAUGACGGGAACCGUCUCGAUCGAGCGGCAAUAGAGAUAACGUUCCGACGACGACGGAACUAUUGUUCGCGAGAUGCGAAGACGCUACGGGAUCGCUGCGUUUCGGCUGGACCGAGACAAGCGGCGCGAGUGCCGAGAUGAGGACGUUUUGUCGUCGUUACCGUCGUCGUCGUCAUCGUUUCAGUUUCGUCUCCGCGUUUCGUCUCAUUGAAUUCUAUCAAGCCGGAGGGGUGAAUCUCUCUUCACAAAGUACCUGCGCAAAUGAAAGCGGCAACUGCAUGUUUGCUAUGUCGAGUGGGUGACAAAAUAUUUUUCUUUUUUUUCAUUUUACACACACGCACUCUUCGAAGAUGAUGACGAUUGGUGCACGAUGAUCGUUCACCGGUGUACCAGUUGCCAUCUUUUUCAAUGAAUACAACGUUAUAUCGCCGUCGAAGGCUGGAGGAAACCUCUCUUCCAGGACAUGCAGAAUCCUCAACAACAUAUCAACAGUGUACGAUAUAUUAUGGAUUCUGAUUGCGUAUUAGCGAUACUUCCGAGCAGAUCUCUGUCUUCUUCUUGGACAUUUUGAACGUCGCGCGGAAAUUAUCGGUACACGUUUGAAGAUUUGAGCCACGUUUGAGACUUAUAUUUGCGUACGACGGAAGUUUAUCAGUUUGUUUCUAAUUUUUGCGUUACAAUGUAAUGUCGCGUCGUAAGCUCAAUAACGCGUUGCAUUUUCGUGAACUAAUUUUUCGCGAAUGAUCGAAAUGGUCGUUUUCGCAUCAGUCGAUGUUCAAAACCACGUCCGCGACGUCGAUUGCGGAUCGAGAUUGAUUUAGCGCACGUUACUCGAAAUGCACGCUAUAUAUCGGGAAGGAAUAGUCAAAUGAAAUCGGGAAAACAAUUAAACGGAAAGGAUACUCAGUUGCAGUUAGGCACGUUCAUCCUUUUAGUUCUUCGACGGUUAUUCGGUAGUCACCUACUUAUCGGUAAUAGAAAAAGGAUACCUGUCUUUAAUCGUAAGAUUUUGUCAUGUUCGCUUCGUAGACGUAGACAAGUUCGUAAUUGAAUUGUUCGUAAAAAUGGAAAACGAGAAUUCAGAAGUAGCCGCGUGUCUAUAAAGGAGAUGCUAGGAGCAAACACGUAGAGUAUUACUCGCCGUCUGUAUGAAUUCGGCGAAAAGAGCGAGGGAGUGAUCCGCUUCUUUUUCCCAUAUUAUACGGUCGGCGGGGGAGUACCGAGCAGCAGAACGGGUGGAGUCGGAGGGGAGCAUUAAGAAUAAGGGUACAAUUAAUUUUAAUACACAACUAUGUCGAGAGCUGGCCUUUUAAAGUUUGUAUUAAAAUUAAUUACCAUAGCCGUGAGACGCUUUCUUGCGAUAUAUACAAUACACAUAUACAUACAACAUACGCACAACUUACACAUACACACAGACACACCAACACGCAUGUAUACAAACACAAUACGUACAACUACAUGCGAGCGGGGAUGUAUAUCGAUAGAUGUUUUUAACCAAAGAGUAAUAUAAGUGAUUGUUAAGUCGAUUGCCGAGCGUGCCGUUCACCAAUACGUCUUCUGACAAUGAAUAUUCCGGCGACAAUAGGUGUAUAACAUUUUGAAAUUUUAUUUGGAACAACAGAGAGA